UUAUUCUUUCCUUAGAUCCCUCUUUCUUCCCUUCCUCUCUUCUUUCCCCCUCCUUUCCUUCCUUCCUCUCUCCACUUCUCCCUCUCUCCCUUCCGCCUUUCUUCCUUCCUUCCCUCACUCUCUACCUACGUCCCUUAAUGGAAGGCCAACUCUACCUCCGAUUCCCUUUCUUCUGGGAGACGCUCCUCCUCCAGCACGCCAGGGGACGGUGCAGUCUCGUAAUGGCCGGUAUUCCCAGCCAUGCUGGUUAGCGCCAGAGUCUUCCUGACUGGUCGCACAGGCCCAUCUAGCGGAAAGAUUGAGUAGCUGCAUGGGAUUCCCUCAGAGAACCCAGGAACCCACAAUGUUGUCAAAGGGGAUCGCAGCGCGGCAGCCACUCCAAUUUCUAUUGGUGAGAACCUUCUCAUUAAUGCCAAGUCGCCAAUGAACGAGUGUCUCCGGAAUGAGGUCACACGUACGGCGUCCUCCGCCCUCCUGAAGUCCCACCCCUCCUGCCGAUGCCAUAGCAACGAGCCUGGGCGCCUGCUCUCGGGACCCGGCUGCAGCUGCGGCCUCAUGGCCCCGGUACCCCUUAAGCUGCUGGUGCUCCCUUGGUUCUUCCUGGCAGGGGAUGCCAGGGGCCAGACUCAACCCUCGCCCUCUGAGGGAGCCCCCAGCUUGGCUGGAGUAGACCCCCCGGUGGUGCGACUCCGGGAGGCGGGUGUCGUCCCUACUGACCGGCUGCGGCCGCUGGUGGCCAGCUGGUUCGAGAGUGUGUGGGGGCGCCACUUCUGGUUCUGGGGGUUCUCCAACGCCUGUUCGUGUGACUUGACACCGAACUCGUGCGAUCUGAACUGCUGCUGUGACGACGAGUGCUACUUGAAAGAGUCCAGAAUGAUUUUCAAGGACUGCCUCCCAGGGAGCUACAGAAUAUUGGGUUGGAAAUGUGUAGAUCCUUCCAUAAUGUUCCAAAGUAAUACCCCAUUUCAUGUAGAAACUUUGAUGAUACCAGAUAGUGGCCCAAACUUUUGUAUCCAAGUGAAGAACCCAAUAUUGAACUAUUUCCAUCAUCUUCAAAAGGUGAAUGAGACCAACAUACAAUCUUUGAUAAAAAACUAUGGAGGCAAAUCAUUCUUCUCAGAACCUCCACCAACACCAAUUUAUUCUUCUUUUUACAAGGCUGGAGAUCCCAUUGUGAUCUACUUUCCGAGUCAGUCAUUACUGAGUUUACUCAAACAUCCAACAGAAAUAGGCCCUAGUGGACUUUGUACUGACAAUAAUGCUGCAAAAUUCCUGGAAAAUGGACAUACCACCUGUACCCGGUUCUUUAGCAAUCUAACAAGUAGCUGCACCACAGAUCCUUCACUUACGGUCACCUCUUAUCAUAACUUCAUGGUUUUGAAGGUUCCAAAAGGUGUGAUCGAUUUGAAGAACAUGCAGGUGCCCAUAACACUUACUUCAGAGCCCAUUUUACCUCAGCUAGAUGGAAACACUUGUUACAAUGUUGUUUCCCAGGUUAUCUAUGAGAUAGAAACCAAUGGAACUCUUGGAAUCCAGAAAAUCUCUCUCUCUUUCAUCCUGAUGAACCUAUCUGGAGAUCCUGGAGCAGCAUUUCAGCAACACUUCACUAUACGUUUCCAUACUUUUCAGCGUAGAAGACCUGCUGUUCCUUUGGUGAGAAGUGGAAAUCCUGGUUAUAUUUUUGGAAUGCCUCUUCUAGUUUUAAAAGGUGAUACCAGUGAUCCAAUGACUGUCUUACAGAGCCACAGUGAUGGAAGUUGUUCUAUGAAUAGACGAAAAGUAGAAUUUGGGGUGAACAUGAUGACUGGUUGCAAGUUCAGGAUAGAGAACAGAAGCUGUGAUCAUUUGCAGGAUGAGAUCUACAAAACUCUUAGUGCUAUAUCCAAUCCAGUGUACAUUGGCAUCAUGGGGAACUCAGAGCCUUCCCACAGAGGACACUGGAUCAAGGCCUUCACCCAGAAUUCCAGUGCUCUGGCUAAAAAUUGUACUUCUUGCUGUUGCUUACCAUCUUCCUUGGAGAUCCAGAUAUUAUGGGCUUAUGUAGGCCUCCAGGCCAAUGCUCAAGCUCAUGUGUUCGGAGGCCAAUACCUGUAUCAGUGCAACUUUAUAACGUUACCCUCAUCUGUGGAAGAAAUAUUUUUGACAACUUUUGUGUCCUUCACUGAUAUCACAAAGAAGCCAGAGUUUACAAAGAGUCAAAAAGAAAGAAAAUGGACAUCAAUAUUCAGCUCUCCUCACUUUUUGGGGGCAUUGAAUGGAGAAAAGGAAUCCCUAAGAAGCUUGAGCACUUCUGCUGUCCUUCUGUGUGUAUUAUUCUUUCUCAGCUUAGAAAUGAGCUGAAGAAAGGAGAAUCACAUUUGACUUUUCCCAGUGAGGGCUCAGAUGGCCUUCCUACAUAUGCUAUAGAACUGAUUCCUGUUUGUUCAUUAUGACCAAGGAAAACUGUUUUCUUCAUUUAAGGAGCAGGAGGGAAGGAGUCUUUGCGUAUGAUGAUAUUUCAGAAAAGAGAUAACAAAAGUGCCCUCACCUUGAAUUCUUUCUAGUAAAGCUCUAGAUGAAUGGCAGCAAGGCAUAAUAGACUGGCUAGACUGGGAGGCUGAAAGGACUUUAACCUCUUACCAUGUAUUGGCCAUGUGAUUCCAGGCAGCUCUUGUGUCCUUGCUCCGCCCUGGGAACCACUCUGCAAUUAGUAGCUGCCCAAUAAUUGCUGAUCUUCAUUGGUAUUGGAACAUAGGCCUAAAUCAGGAAAACACUAUGUAGGCAUAGUGUUGAGUUAAAUAUCCUUUUAAAGGAGAAAGCUUCUAGGCACCCAAAACCAUUUUCAUGUUAUCUGUUACAUGAAUAAGAACAAGUUAAUGUUUACUUCAUGUGACAGUAACUGUCAUCAAGUGCAAAAGGUCUCAGUGCUCAAAACAAAGAAGUAUUGACAUUCCAUCUUGGCUCCAUUCUGGACUACUCUUUGUUUCCAACACAACAAUGGGAAAAGUAAUUCUCUUUCCCUUUCCUCACUGUCUGGAGCACAAUCUCAACAAGGCCAUCUUGUUUGUUUGCCUCCUUUCCUCAAAGGUCAGGGAAUAUAAAUUUUAGUAUUUAAUACUAAAUGACUUGGUGGGGGGGGAGACUGAAUUUAAGUUUGAGUCCUGACUUUACUCAUUAUUAAUUAAUUUACCUUUGUUACUUUGGGCGAGUCAUUUAACCUAUCUUAAGUUGUAGUUAACAUAUUUUUUUAAAUGAAAAAAAUUUUUUUGAAAUAGUUGACUUCUUAUACUCUGCCUUUAAAAUCUGUUCCUUUGAUUCCUAAAGUUGAAUUCAAAAUCUCCAGAGAAAAGUAUCCGGGAAUCUCUACUUGAUCCUUGGCCAUUUAGCAUUUUUUGUCAGUUACUUGGAUAAAAUCAUAGAUGACACACUUAUCAAACAUCAAAAGAUGACAUGCUUUGCAUAAAUCUUGGAGAAAAAUUAACAUACUGGAUGACUGAGUCAGGAGCCAAAAAGAUCUUGAUAGCUUAAAACAUUGAGCCACAUCUAAUAAAAUGAAAUUUAAUAGGGCUAACUUAAAAUUUUACAUGGGUCAAAAAAAAACCCUCAAACACAACUAGCUUUAUAAGACAUGGGAGACAUUGCUAGAAAGCAAUGUCUUUAUAAUUAAAAAAAAAAAAAAAACCAGGAUACAAUAAGAGAAAUUUCACUCAAAAUAGCUACAAAAUGCAUAAAAUACCUAGGAAUUAACCAAUCAAGUCAAAAAUAUUAUGUAUGAAAAUGAAUCUUACUAUGAAUCAAUACUUUGCAUAAUACACAAUCUAUAUCCUUCCUCUAAAAAAGCUAAUACCAUCUUAGGCUUCCUUUAGAAAGUCAUGGCUUCUAGAAACAAGUAUAUGUAGAAAUGCUCUUUUUUGACACUUAAAUUUAUUAUAAACCCAAUAAUUUUUAAAAAAUAUUUAAAUGUUCAUUUUCCCCCUAUUUUGCUUUAUAUAUCUACUGCUUUUCUCUCAUCUCCCAUUUACUUUUCUUAACCCCUUUGGAAUCUCACUUCUGCCCCACCAUUCAACUAAACUUCUCCCUGUGAGGUCAACAAAGAACUCUUCCUUUGACUUUUCCUUAAUCCUCAUCCUUUGAUCCUUCUGCAGUGUUAGACACUGUUGACCAUUUCUUCCUUAUUGAAUACUCUUUCCUUUAUGCUUUAUAAGGAAAAUGCUGAGGUUGUAAACUUCGGAGAAUGGUGGUACCAUUGACAAAAAUGUGAAAUUUGGAAGAAUAGUGGGUUUGGAGGAAAUAUGAUGUACUCUGCCUUCUGUGUGAUGAGUUUAGUUAUCUCCAGGACAUCCAGUUUUAAAUGUCUGAUAGCCAAUUGGUAAUAGAGGACUAAGCUCAAGGGAGAGAUGUGCUUUGAAUAAUAAAAAAGUGAGUUAUCUGCAAAGAGAUAAUAUUAAAUUCAUGAGAGCUAAUGAGAUCACUAAUAGAGACAGCAUAGACAGAAAAAAAGGACCCAAGAAAGAACCUUAGAUAAUAACCACAAUUAGAAAUUGUAAUAGGGAUAAGUUAGCAAAUGAAACCAAAAGCAAUCAGACAGGAGAACUGGGACCAAAAUUCUGGGACCCAGAAAAGAGAGUUCCACAGAAGAGAGAUGACAACAGUGUCAAAUGACACCUAAAAAGAUUGAAAAGGAUAAGGACUAAGAAAUGACCGAACUUGUCAAUGAAGAGAUUACAUGGGAAAGAUGGAACCAAAAUGUGAAGAAAAAGUAGAGACUUCUGAGCUUUCCUUAAAACCUCUACAAACAACUUUAAAUAAUGCCCCAAAGCAAAUUCUAACAUGGCAGAAUCCACAAAAGAACAGAAUGAACCAAUUUUGUAGCCCAACACAACUUAGAGGGUCUGCAGGAAAAGUCUUUUGCCUUGGAGUAAAAGUGGAGUUCAGGCUGAGCCCCAGUAAAUCAGCAGUAGGAUAUGAGAGCAACUGAAUCAGUGGCAGUAGUUGUGUUUCUAGACCUCUUAACCCACAAACAAUAAAGGAGUCAGACAACUGGUCAGAAGGGGAUUAUAGAGGUUCCUUUUCUGGCAUUGGGGGGCAUAUCUCUCUUGUAUUGCCCAUGCAUGUAUCUAGGUCACAGUUCCAGGGCACAGAGGAGCACUAACACACCAGAGCUUGUAGAGAGCUGGUACCUUGGUAAAAGUUCUAAAGUAGAAAAGAUUACUUGGUGGUUGCUAACAGACCAGAAGAGCAGCAAAAACACCUUUCCCUAGAUCAUACCACCUCAGAAGAACCAUAAACUUACAGGCUCCCAGAAUUAUCUCUGAAAAUAGCUGCAGAAAAAAACCUGAAGCUUAGGGCAAUUCCUUCAUUAUUCCAGAAGCAGAGCCCCACUUUAACAUAGAAUUAAAAGUCAAGAAAUAGGCAGAAAACUGAGCAAACAACAGGAAAAAGAUCCUGACUGUGGAAAGUUUGGUAACAAGGAAGCUCAAAACAUAAACUCAAAAGAAAACCAAGCUGCUAUAUCCAAAGCCUCAAAAAUAAGAAUUGGUCUCAAGCCAUGGAAGAGUUCAAAAAGGAUUUAAAAAUUCAAGUAAGAAAUAGAGGAAAAACUGGUAAGAGAAAUGAGGGUGAUACAAGAAAAUCAUGGAAAAAAAUAGUCAACAGUUUGAUAAUGGAAACACAAAAAAAUACUGAAGAAAAUCACAUCCUAAAUAGAAUAGUUCAAAGAAUAAAAGAGAAUUCACAAGAGCCACAAAAGUCCAAUGAAAAGAUUCCUUAAAAAGCAGAAGUGGCCAAAUGGAAAAAGAGGUACAACAAUUCACUGAACUCCUUAAAAAGAAUUGAGCAUAGUUAAAUGGAUAAGAUACCAGCCCUAUAGUCAGAAAGACCCUGAGUUCAAAUUUGGGCUUAAACAGAAUUGGGCAAAUUGAAGCUAAUGACUUUAUGAGACAUCAAGAGGCAACAAAAUAAAAUCAAAAUAGUGAAAAAGAAGAAAAUGUGAAAUAUCUCAUUGGGAAACCAAUUGACCUGGAAAAAAGAUCCAGAAAAUUAAAAAUUAUUGAACUACCUGGAAGUCAUAAUCCAAAGGAAAAACAAAGAGCCUAGACAUCAUCUUUCAAGAAAUUAUCAAGUUAAACUGUACUGUUUUAAAACAAGAAUGUAAAAUGGAAAUUGAAAGAAUUCACCAAUUAUCACCUGAAAGAGAUACCAAGACAAAAACUCCCAAGGAAUAUUAUAGCCAAAUUCCAGCGCUUUCAGUCAAGGAGAAAAUAUUGCAAGUCUCCAAAAAUAAACUAUUUAAACUUCAUGAAACCACAAUCAAGAUAACAAUAUUUAGGAGACAUUACAGAAUUAGAGGGCUUGAAAUAUGAUAUUCCAGAAAUCAAAAGAACUAGGAUUAUAACUAAGAAUCAUCUACCCAGUAAAAUAAAUUCCUUCAGAGGAAAAAGUGUGUAUUCAUUGAAAUAGAGAACUUUCCAACAUUUCUGAUGGAAAGACCAGAACUUAGUAGAAAAUUGACUUUCAAAUACAAGACCCAAGAGAAGCAUAAAAAUAUAAAUAGGAAAGAGAAAUCAUACCAGAUUUAAUAAGGUUAAAGGUUAAAUAAAAGUUACAUUCCUACACGAUAAAAGGAUACUUGUAACUCCUAAAAAAAUUUAGAGCAGUUAGAAGGAGUAUUCAUAGAGAUGGCAGAGGUGUGAAUUGAAUAUAGUGGGAUGAUUAUCUAAAAAAAAUGUUAUGGGAUGAGAAACAAUGAAUGCACUGUGAGAAGUAGAAUGGGGUAAAUUAUCUGACAUAAAAAACAUGCAAAAACUUUUACCUGUGGAGGGGAAGAUGGGGGAGAUAGGUGAUUUUAGGGUCUGGGAAUUCCUUCACAUUUGGACCUGCGUCUCUGAGCUGAGGGGAUCUCUUUCCCCUUCCCACACCACAUCAAUGCUACAGGUUUUGUAUUUUCUCAUAGGUAAUUAUUCCUGCUCAUUGCUUCUGAGCUUCAUGUCUUUGAGGUUCUCUGCCCGUAAUCAUGGAGGGCAUGCAGUCAAGUAGCAACUAGAAGACCUUGUAGUCUAGUAAAGGCAGCUUGUCAGAUUUUUUUGUCGCAGCCAGAUCACAUUCAGAUUACCAGUGCUGGCCACAGUGCCUGAAGGCCAAAAUUAAAUCUUUAAUCCUUUAUUUUGAUUCAAAAUCAUAGUCCUUUUACCCAGCUAAUUACCUGGUUUAGGAUUAGGAUUUUUAGAUCCAUCUUGAUCUAUCAUGAAAAUAAAAAGGUAAGGGAGGAAGCCAAGUCAUUGUCUAGCAGUCAUUUCUGCCUUUAUUAUACACAACAGGAAAAAUAAAAUAAAACACAUUGCUAUUUACCUUA